AUGCCGAAAGUCCUCAGUUACACGCCAGAGUGGCUCUCGCGUCCCAGCCCCGGCUACCACCUGUUUGCGCCCAAGCAGAGCAACGGAAAUGGCGCCGCAGCAAGGAGCAAGGACCUUGGCCCGAGAAAGACGAUUGCAACAAGGGGCUCUGAGAUAUUCGUGGCCGUCGGACACGAGAUUAGAUGGGCAGAUCUGGUCAACCUGAAAGAGGGCGCCUCGCCUGCAUACCGCUCCCUCAGAGUGUCGAUACCGCUCCCCAUCACGCGACUCACCAUCUCCCCCGCCGGCGAUUACCUGGCUGUGUCGACAUCACACACAGUCCAUGUUGUGAGCCUUCCCGACCCCUCGCUCCUGGAAUCUGGCAGCGACGACAGCCCUAUCAAACCAAAAACCUUCCAGGUCGGCCCCACUGCCCAUGUUCUCGAAGAGUCGCCAAUCGCAACAACACUCUGGCAUCCUCUGGGCUACCAUGGGCGGUGUCUGGUUACCAUUACAAAGGCAGGAGUGGUGCGACUGUGGGAAGUCAACCGUGCAGACAGGUCGACAUUCAGCGAACCUACUCUCUCGAUCGACCUGGUUAAAUUGGCGAAUGCGCAAAGGGAUCAAGACGACCUCGGCGCCUCGAAAUACGGAGCUUCUAAGGGGUUCUCUCCAGAUUCAGUCGAGCUGGAGGUGGCGUCUGCUUGCUUUGGAGACUUCCCUGAGCAGGAGGGCGUGCAUGGCUGGGCGCCAAUGACGCUGUGGAUCGCUACUGUCUUUGGAGAUGUCUAUGCAUUGUGUCCCGUGCUGCCCAGCCGAUGGCAGUUGGUCGAGACACCUGGCGCAUUCACCUUUCUCCAAACAUUAUCCUCUUCAAUCAACAUCAACUACACCGAGCUAUCAGAAGACAAUGAUGCGCCCAAGGAGGACGUCAAGACAUCGGAGAAGCAGGUAUCAUGGCUCUCUGAUAUUCUGUAUGAGGAACCGUUCACCGAAGCCUUACCCAACGGCGACUCGGUCAAGGUCUUUAACCGUCCGUCAAGCACACCUGCAGUUCCGCUUCUGCAGGGACCGUUCAUGGUCGCGCCCCAAGUCGAGGAUUUUGAGCUAAGCGACAUGAUUGUGUACUCUCUGAAAACGUUUUCGGAUGGUUCGGAAGAGGAGGCCGCCGAGGGCCUACCAGCAGCUGUUGUGUGCUUGCUGACCGAUAGCUGCAAAGUCCACGUUUGCAUCGACUUGGAGGGAAUUGUUGGGCGAUGGCUUCCAUCUGCAGAGGAUGACUUCGAAAUCACACAGAUCGAGCAUGAUCUGAUCAUUGCAGAGACCAUCACUCUGAAGGGGGACAGUGCCUCCACCUUCAAUCAGACCAUUACACCGGAUGUGCACACCGACUUCUCCUUCUUUGUUUCGACCGCCAGUGGAGUUACGUAUAUCUCCAUGGAGCCCUGGAUACGGAAACUUGAGAUCGAGCUCUCGGAGCCACACGCAGAAGGAGCUGACUUCCGUCUACAACGUCUGCUUGGGUCAGCGAGCAGUCGAGUUGAGCAGUAUUUGGAGCGUCGACCGUCAGGCAACAGUGUUGAACAAGACGUCACUUCUGCUGUCAUCGUGGAGGACGGAAAUGUUGGCUACAUGAUCUUAACUACGGUCAACGAUGAGCCCCAGGCUGCUCUGUUUGACGCCCCCGAAGAUGGUAUGGCUACGGAAGAAGAGCUCGCUGAAUAUAUCGAGGCAACUGUCCCCCGUAAGGAAGUACGUGAGGCAUGGCAACCCCCUAAAGAACUUUAUGAGCCGUUUGAUCUGCUCAGCUCGAUCAACAUUCCUGCAAGACACAAAGCCUCGCUCAGAGAUGAGGUUAGGCUAUCGCCCGCCAAUCUUGAGCUACUGAUGGACGUACAUCGAGUCUUGUCCACGCAGACAGAGAAGCUGCAAAAAGCUGUCGCUGAUUUGUUCAACCGCGCGACACGACUCCAAGACGAGUUCAGAGAUCAAGUCUUUAGGACGGCUGAGGUCGUACCGAAAAUCGACGCCGUCAUUGGCAACGAUGAAGAGCCAUCAGAGGAAGGAUCAAUGUAUGGCACCGCGCAAAUCGACGAUCGUUUGUUGCAGGUCCGGAAGAGACAAGAUACAAUCAACGCACGUUACGAAAGCCUUCGCCGGAAGAUGAACAGUAUUGGCUCGACUGAGCUUAGCGAGAAGGAGGCCGGCUAUGUCGAGGAGCUACAGACGAUGGAGAGUGCUGUAGACAAGUCGAAUAGGACGCUGACCGAUGAUGUCGACGGGAGCGAAGUCCCAGCAUGGCAGCGCUUAAACAAACUCAAGGAGCUCCACAAAACGCUUGCGAAACAGGUGGAGGAGACGUCUCAGGAGUCCCAAGCGGAGCAAGCGCAUGCUUCCAGUGUGAAGGUGCCAUCAUACUCACGCAGGCAGGAGAACGAGUACAUCCAAGAGUUGCUUCAGCGCAACACUGCGCUUGUCGAGGCUGCAACGACCCGAUUGAGAAGUCUUGGUAUUUCCGUACCUACAGAGACCGGGCACUAA